AUGGCGAUAGUCAUAGGUUUACUUGAAAUCUUCACAGCAUUUGUUUUCUUCAUUUUCUUCCAAUGUUUAUUACUCCACAAGAAAACUCCCAAGCCUUUGCUCACGAACUGGCCGGCCCUUGGGAUGCUUCCGGGUCUACUCCUCCAAGUGCCUCGUAUCUACGACUGGAUCACCGAGGUUCUUGAGGCGACAGAUAUGACGUUUUGUUUCAAAGGUCCAUGUCUUAGCGGAAUGGACAUCUUGCUUACUGUUGAUCCGGUGAAUAUCCACUACAUUCUAAGCUCAAAUUUUGCUAACUACCCCAAAGGAAUGGAGUUCAAGAAGAUCUUCGAAGUCGUGGGUGAUUCAAUUUUCAACGUUGACUCGGGUUUGUGGGAGGAUAUGAGGAACUCGUCUCAUGCCAUUUUUAGUAAUCAAGAUUUCCAAAUGUUCUGGGUGAGUACAAGUGUAAGAAAAUUAAGGCAAGGGCUUGUUCCUAUUCUUGAAAACGCAGCUGAUAAAAAUAUCCUUGUCGACUUGCAAGAUUUGUUCCAGAGAUUCUUGUUUGAUACAUCUUUGAUUUUGAUGACCGGGUAUGAUCCAAAAUGUUUAUCCGUUGAAAUGCCUAAGGUUGAGUUCGGUGACGCGGUCGAUGGUGUUUCUGACGGGGUUUUCUAUAGACAUGUUAAGCCGGUUUUCUUGUGGAGGCUCCAAUAUUUGAUUGGUGUAGGAGUAGAGAAAAGAUUGAAAAGAGGUCUAGCGGUAUUCGAUCAACUACUCGAGAAGAUCAUAACGGCUAAACGAGAGGAGAUCAAUAGUCAUGGGACUCAUCAUCCCUCAAGAGGAGAGGCCAUAGACGUGUUGACAUACUACAUGACUAUGGACACGACCAAAUAUAAGUACUUGGAACCAAGUGAUGAUAGAUUCAUCAAAGACACUAUUUUGGGUUUCUUGAUAGCGGCAAGAGAUACAACAAGUUCAGCACUCACUUGGUUCUUCUGGCUUAUGUCCAAGAACCCUGAGGCAAUAAACAAGAUCCGACAAGAGGUUAACAAGAAGAUGCCGAGGUUUGAUCCCGCAGAUUUAGAAAAGCUCGUGUAUCUACACGGUGCCGUGUGUGAGACGCUAAGGUUAUACCCACCAGUUCCAUUUAACCACAAGUCACCGGCAAAGCCAGACGUACUUCCAAGUGGGCAUAGAGUAGAUGAGAAAUGGAAGAUUGUCAUAUCUAUGUAUGCAUUAGGGAGGAUGAAAUCUGUUUGGGGAGAUGACGCAGAAGAUUUCAGACCAGAGAGAUGGAUUUCAGACAGUGGAAGGUUAAAACAUGAACCUUCAUAUAAGUUCUUGGCGUUUAACGCCGGUCCAAGAGCUUGCUUGGGGAAAAAGUUAACGUUCUUACAGAUGAAGACAGUGGCUGCGGAAAUCAUACGAAACUAUGACAUCAAGGUCGUUGAAGGGCACAAAACCGAACCAGUUCCUUCUGUUCUUUUUCGUAUGCAACAUGGUCUCAAAGUUAAUAUCACUAGGAUCUAG